AUGUUAGUUCUCGGCUGCAUGGAUCUUGACCUUGCACUUCGGAUUGGACAACCCAUCCUUACUGCCAUAAGUUCAGUGGAGAACAAAAGGGAUGCUGAAAAAUGGGAUCGCUCAAAUCGCAUGAGUCUAAUGAUCAUUAAGCGCGGCGUUCCAAAAGCUUUUAGAGUUCAUUUGGUGUUGCUUUCUCUUCCUGCACAAUUUAACCAGUUUAAGGUCAGUUACAACUGCCAAAGGGACAAAUGGACUCUUAAUGAGCUCAUUUCCUUUUGUGUGCAAGAAGAAGAAAGGAUGAAGCAGGAAACAACUGAGAGUGCUCAUUUUGCUAGUACCUCUAAAGGUAAGGGCAAAAGAAAGAGAAAAGAAGCUGCUACUAAGGGACCAGUGCAAAAGAAACAACAUUUAGGUAAUGAUCAAAAGAAAAAGGAAUCGGGACCUCCUAAAUGCUUCUUUUGUCAAGAACCUGGUCAUUUGAAGUCGGAUUGUCCAAAAUAUCACGCUUGGCGAGUUAAGAAAGGGUUGCCUGAACUACCGAAAACCAAAUGA